UGUUUCACUUGCCACAAUACUCCACAUCUCAUACAUUGUCAUCUACAACAAGAAAACUUCAUUCUUCUUUUGUUUGAACUAUCUCUCAUUUUUAUCGUAACAAUAAUAGUUACGUCUCAGUUCAAAACCAAUCAAGAGUCUAAUAUAUAAAUUCUCUAUAUACUUGCAGUCCUUUUUUGUCACAUUAAUUACUCCUUUAUCACCACCAUUACUAUUCUACAAGAAGCCAAACGGUCCAAAAAAACAAAAAAACAGUACUCUUUAGCAAUAUUAUAAACUCCAUUUCAUCUUCACGUUUUCAGAAUAAGACCAAACAUCCACCUCUUUCACCUAGUAGCUAUGUCAGUUACAAGUUCUUGACAUCCUCUGUGAAAUAGCCAGUUUCAACAAUUCCCCAUAUUUCAGACAACGAAAAAUAUUCAUACUUUUGAUCUCGGGCGAAAAAUCUUCAUAGAGAGUUAGAAAGUGUCAAUUCUCGUAACUAGACGGUGGCAAAGAAAAAUACUUUUGAUCUUGGACGAAGAUCUUCAUAGAGAGUUAGAAAGCGUCAAUUCUCAUAACCCGAGGGUGCCAACGGGCGAAGAUCUUCACAGAGAGUUAGAAAGCGUCAGUUUUCGUGUUUCCAUCAAAGAAAUAUUUGAUACUUCUGAUCUUGGGAGAAGAUUUUCAUAGAGAGUCAGAAAGAGUGAGUUCUCAUAACGAGACGGUAAGGAAAAAAUACCUCUCUUGGCAACGAAAACGUCAUUGACUGGUAGAUUAUUUUCCGACUCGGUUAACGAAAAAAAUGAGGAAAAUGAGAGGAUUUAGGCUUGGAAGGAGAUUGGUGAGAGUUUUCAAGUUGUUCAUUCAUAGGAGAAGAAAGGGAAAAAUCAGCUACAAACGUCUGGGAUCCUCAAAUUGUGCAACAAAAGCAAUUUCAAAGCUUUGUAAUUUGGGAAAUUUGUUGAAGCAUGGGGUUAAAGGUGUCAACUUUAGAAGGCCCGGUUCGGGUUAUAUCCGGGUCGGAUCGGAUUUUAUGGAUCAGAACCAAAUACCAAAAGGUCAUUUGGCUGUGUAUGUUGGUAAAAAACAGGAUGAUGCAUGUAGAAUUUUAGUGCCUGUGAUUUACUUUAAUCACCCUUUGUUUGCUGAUUUGCUGAGAGAGGCUGAAAUGGUUUAUGGGUUUAAUCACUCGGGUGGGAUCCAAAUCCCUUGUCGGAUAUCCGAAUUCGAGCACGUUCAAUCAAGAAUCGCCGCCACGGGUGGCAGUGGGAGUUGCCGCUGGAGGCGGAGCUGGAGGCAUAAAUACUGGUGAAUUGUGAUAGGGGCGAAUCUAAGAUUUGAAAGCACAUCUUUUCACUUACGUGUGUAGGAAAAAGUGAUGAUCAAGAAUCGCGCCACGUGACAGUGCAAUUUGUCGUGGGAGGCGGAGUUGGAGGCAGAAGAUUGGUGAGUUGUGAUCCGGAGCGAAUCUAAGAUUUAAAAAUAUAAUAUGGAGUACUUUUUUUUCACUUUACCUUGCGUGUAUGAAGAAAGUAAUGAAUGUGCUCACUUUCACUAGUUAGAUUCGUCUUUGACUAUUGAUCAUGUCGGAAUUUGUACAUAUUUAUGUUUAUUUAGUGAUCAAUUUGUCAGUUUCUUUGGUCUCACUCAGAAAAAGGAUUCCGGGCUGUAGUAAGAUCUAAUUAGUUAAUGUAUUCGUCCUAUCAUGAAGGAAAAAAGAGGUUUUGACAUUGAUGUCAAAUCUUGGGUUAUUGGGGAUGUGGAGAAUAUAUUUGUACAUAGUAUUUGUUGAUACUCUCAAAUUCUUCAAAUGUGAGUUUAUUACGGUCAUCAAAAAAUCAUUACGUCUCUUGUGUUUUUCUAGUUUCUUUCUUUUUAUUUAUUUAUUUAUUUAUUUAUUUUUUGAUAAUUUCAGCAACUCAUCACUGCAAGUUUCUUUCUUUUCAUUGAAUGGUAUUUCCAUAAAUGCAUUGCGAUUGGAAAUGGAAUAUCUUAGGAUAAAUAUUACAUAUUGAUUUGAAGAGUCGUAGUAGGAUAAGAUAUUAAUAGCUUUCUUAUUAGGACCAUAGUUAAAAUAUCAGCCUUAUAUUGACUUCUCUAACAUGUGUUG